AUGUAAAUACUGUGGCAAGAUGGCGGCUGAUUUGGACAACGGAAUGGAUUUGUCUGGGUUUAUUGUCGACAAAGGAAUAGAAGCUGAAAAUGAUAAAACUGAAGAAGUGGCUGAGAUUUCUUUGUCUCCUGAUUUAGAAGCAGAGGAAGAAAGAAAAGCAGAGUUGCGUGAACAAGCCAAAAAGAUUGAAGAGGAAAUUGUUACCCUUAAACAAGCUCUUGACAGGAAAGAGAAACAGUUAGCAGAGAUAAAAAGAUUGUUGGGUAUCACAGCCUGGUCUCAGUUAAAAGAGGGAUUACAUAAUCAAUACCAGAACUUACAAGGAACACAGAUGUAUCAAAAGACAUCUGACACCUUUAAAGACUUGAAUGAUAAAAUUGUUCAUUCCCAAACUUACAAUAAACUGAGCAGUGGUGCCUCAGCAACCAAAACAGUGUUAAGUGAUGCAGGAUCAAGGACUGCUAAUGCGGCAAGAAAUGUUGGAUCAGCAACAGCCAAGAAACUGGGAGAAAUAAGGGGAUCCUCGAUGUUUCAAUCUUUGGAAAGCAAAGUUGUGUCUGCUUCUUCAACUCUUAAGUUUAAGAUGCUGGGAAGCUCAAACAAAGGCCAAUUAACCACAAGUCAGCCUCCAUCUUCACCCAAUAAUGACAUCAGUUUAUCAUGAGGAUUGUCAAAUUAAUCUCAACCUUAACUUUGCUUAAUAGUUUUUAAUAAAUAGUAUUAAAUCUUGAGGAAGUAAAGCAGACACAGCACAUGAAUUGAUCCACUGAAUCAUGUGGCACAAAUGAAGCAGGAGGUAAAAAAUACUUGUAUCACUGGUUUCUAAGAAGUAGCAGAAAUUUAAGAUUUUGAAGAGGUUUGCUGUCUGAGACAGGAUUGUCAAUAAAAUAGUGUUCAAUUAUUUAACUGAAAAAAUAACAUAUGUGUUGAGCUGACUGCUAUCACCCCUAACACUGUGAGAAUAAUUUGGGGUCAUAUAAAAUUCAUUUCUCAUGUUAAAAGGUAUAGUAUUUGAUAGUAGGAACCAUUUAAAGUGUUUUCAUCACUUCCUAUUUAAGUGAAUGUUAAUUUAAACAUAAGAUUUUUCAGAGAAAGGAUUUCUAUAGAACACAUUUCAUAGCUGUUUGGUAUUUCACUGAAAUAUUUUUAUGCUAUAUAGACUUAGUGAACUGUUAGAAAACAGCCUUGAGGGACAGUGUUGUUGUUUGUCAUUAAGAGGAGAAGAGUUUUUUUCUUCUGUGUUAGUAAAUACUUGAUUUGCUGUAAAUGGGAAGAAACUUUGGUGUUCAAUUGUAGAUAGGUUUCUAGGGGUUGAUGUGAAGAGUUAUAAUAUCUUUGAGAGAUGAUUAACUUUACUUUUCAUUAACUGAUUGUCCAACUUUAAUAUAAUCCUGUGUAAAGCUGAAUUCCCUGCUUAAAGAGAUUAGGGAGAGAGAUUUCUUUGUAACCCUGUCAGUAAUGAUAGUGUUCUAGCAUAAUUUUUAAUAAUAACUAAAAUCUGUAUCAUAGAGAAUGCUAGUGCUGUUAUUGUCUCUAAACCAUAAAAGAACUUGGUUCUUGCAACUGUUUUCUGUCCUGGGGUCCUAGUUGUCUUGUCUGCUAUGUAUUUAGUGAAGAUAAACUGCUCUUCCUUUCAAUGAUGUAACUAUCUUCCAACACUUAAGUUGAUAUCUGUGGUAGGAGACAAUCAAAUCAUUUUCCCUUCAUUCUGGGAGAGUCAUCUGGCUUACACAACAUGAUUACUGAUGCUUUUAUGCAGACAUCUAUCUCACCAAUUUCUUUGAUGUUUGGGAGAAAAUGUUCAUGUAUGCUUGUUUGAACACCUUUAUGCAUUGAGAGAGGAUGCUUUGGUUAAAAUCAGUAUAUUUAGGUAUUUCAAUUACAUAUGUUAGGCAGUCUCCUGUAAUGAGUCUGUCACUAAUAAGAUUAAAAAGUAACACUUUUGCUAUUAAACAAUGGUUAUGUCAGCUCUGGUUAUUGAUUCAGUGGAGUUGUGACAUGAUUUGCCAUGUCAUUCCCCAGCAACUUUUCCUUGCCAUUUGCAAUAUUGAGUAAGGUGCUUGAUAAUUUUACCUUUUCUCGCAAUAUAAGUAUGAAGAAAGGAGCUACCUGUCAGCUUAUUUGUAUUUUAUCAAGUAAUGGAGAGUUGCUGUUUGUAAUGCUCCUUUUGUAAUUUUGAAAGUGCUGCAUUGCUUACUGAGCUGUGUAAAGAGAUCACAUGUCCAAGAAAGUUGACAUGGCAGUGAAAAGAAAUACAUCAGUUUAUAGAAAAGUGAUGAAUUAAAACUAAAAAAAAAUGGUUC